AUGACAUCGAUGACUACACGAUGGCUGUUAUUGCUUCUAUGUUUUGCCUACUCUUCACACAGCAUUCCAUCACCUGACAAUACCAGAUCUGUGGAUUUCGGUCUGGAAGCGCAUGACAGGGUAAAAGACCUUCGUGUGAAAUUCGAAUCCACUCUUGUUGGAGAUGACGACAAUGCGACAUACUUUGAACAGAUCCGUGCGAGCACGAGCAACAACACUGUCGUUCGGAUAAAAAUUGCGAAGGAACAUUUAAAAUUUUUUGAUAAUUCCGGAUCACGACAAUUUCCUGCUCAUGUGAUAUAUUCCAGUAAAAUUCCCAUUCAUCUCUCCUAUGACUUGGAUUCAAUCCAUGCUGCGAAUCUGUCUGAUGUGAAGUGGUACUGGCUCCCACCUGGAGUCGACAAAAAUGUGACUAUACCUCUGAAUAUAACGGCAAAACAGAUUGGCCUGUCUUAUGUCCGUUUUUGGAUUAAUGAAGGUGUCGCUCGAUCAACAGAUGAGAUUCAAUCAUGGGCCCUAACGAACUCGAAUCAUGAACUAUUGAAGAAUCUGUCUGGAUUAAAAUUAAAAUCCGCGGACUUCCCCGAAUCCGAAACAGUCGGCUUCCCCUUAUUGGUGCUUCGUGCCCAGGGGGUUGUACAGCUGAUAUUCCGCAUCGUUGUGGUCAUCUUGGUGAGCAUAUUCAUCUUCACAAUGGGAUGUGAGCUUGAUAUUGCAGUGAUGAAAGCCUAUGCCAAACGUCCAGUCGGCCCAGCCAUCGGUUGGGGAUGCCAGUUUGUGAUCAUGCCUUUGGUAAGUCCUCUUUGA